AUGCAUAAGAAGCUGAACGUGAAUACAUUUGCUCAUCGGGAAACCAAGAGAUUGCUGACAACUACUUUUGAUGUUCGUUUCAAAACCAAACAUUCGACUGCUACUGUUCAAUUGUGUAGUGUGGACAACAUUGCAUGCAACAUUUUAACUGCGGAUGUGGAAAGUGAUGUGUUGAAACGACUGCUGCAAGACCAGGAUCAAUAUCUUCAGGUGGAACGGACAAGAAAGAAAGUUGAUAUUCUCAUUGGAUUGGAUUCGUAUUUGGAAAUUUUGGGACAAGUGAACACUCUUCGAUUGGCAAACGGGUUACAAUUGCAUAUCAGACCAAUUGUUGCUGGAAAAGAGAAUGUGGUGGAUUUUGCUCUUACAUUUUCUACACUAUAA